AUGGAGGGGGAGUGCUCGGAGGGCGCUGAGGGCUGGCUGUUGGUGCGGGUGCACGUGCCCGAGCUCAACGUGCAGAAGAGCCUGCAGUUCCCGAGGGAUCAACUAGUGUGGGACGUAAAACAGCAGUGCCUGGCCGCACUACCGAAGGAGCUGAAGGAGAGCUUCAACUAUGGUCUGUUCUGUCCCCCGGUCAACGGCAAAGCGGGCAAGUUUCUCGACGAGGAGAGACGCCUCGGCGACUACCCCUUCAACGGACCAGUUGGAUAUCUAGAGUUGAAGUACAAGCGACGAGUGUACAAGAUGCUUAAAUUGGACGAGAAAACUCUAAAGGCUUUACACUCGAGAGCUAAUCUGCGCCGUUUCCUCGAGCAUGUGACGCACGCGCAACUCGACAAAGUCACCAAAGCGUGUGCUAAAGGACUCGACCCCAACUUCCAUUGUCAAGAGACCGGUGAAACCCCAUUGACAAUAGCGGCUGGCCUAAAGUCCCCCGGAAAAGUUCUUAUAGCGCUAGUCAACGGAGGUGCCUUGUUGGACUACAGAACCAAAGAUGGCAGUACAGCUAUGCACAGAGCGGUCGAGAAAAACUCACUUGAAGCUGUCAAAACACUUUUGGAACUUGGUGCUUCGCCUAACUAUAAAGAUGGGAAGGGAUUAACUCCCCUUUACCUGUCUGUUACGAAUAAAACUGAUCCAUUACUGUGUGAGACGUUGCUUCACGACCAUGCGACGAUUGGCGCUACCGAUUUACAGGGAUGGCAAGAAGUACAUCAGGCGUGUCGUAACGGCUUGGUCCAACAUUUGGACCACCUGCUGUUCUACGGCGCGGACAUGAACAGCCGCAACGCGUCCGGCAACACCCCCCUGCACGUGUGUGCAGUGAACGCGCAAGACUCCUGCGCACGACAAUUACUCUUCCGUGGGUGUGAUAAGGAAGCGCUCAACUUCGCCAACCAAACACCGUACCAGGUGGCCGUCAUAGCAGGGAAUUUGGAAUUAGCCGAAGUAAUAAAAAAUUAUAAAUCCGAGGAAGUUGUGCCGUUCCGGGGUCCGCCACGGUACAACCCGCGGCGGCGGUCCGCGUGGGGGUGGGGGGGCGUGGCGGGCGACCGCUCGUCGCUGGCCUCGUCCACGCGCAUCCCCGCCGAGCUGGACGCCCUGCUGCGGCGCGCCUCGCCCUGCCUCGAGCGGCCCUUCUCCUCCGCCUCGUCGAGCAUCAGCGACGCGAGCCACCCCAGCCACGAGGACGACGCCAGCAUCCUCACAGAUAAAAGUGCGGGCGACACCAGCGACAUUAUAUCAGACUCGAGCGGCGUCGGCACCAGUAACUCGGACACGACCACGUGCUCGCUGCAGCCCGCCACCACCGUCGUGUGUCUGCAGCCCUACGAGCCGACGCAGCAUGGACAUGUCAGACUCAACCAAGGGGAUAUCGUCGAAGUGACUGGCGCUACGGACGAUGGUCUAUUGGAAGGCACAGUCCGAGGAUCUGGGGCCUCGGGUCUCUUCCCUUCACAAUGCGUGCAGGAAGUGCGCCUGAGGCAGAACAAUUCGCAUUUACAUCAGGUACUAGCAUCAGGGCCUGUUCAUCAUUCACGCGUGACAGGAAGAAGAGAAAUGGCUCUAAGCAAAACAUACAGCGCCACCGCGCCGAGAAUAAAGAAAACCUACGGCAACAUGGAGACGCGGACAGUGGUAUUGCACAGGGCACGUCGUGGCUUCGGGUUCGUCCUGCGCGGGGCCAAAGCGUCAUCACCACUAAUGGAGCUGCGACCGUCGGAACGAUGUCCCGCGCUCCAGUACCUCGACGAUGUAGAUGCGGGGGGAGUGGCUGACCGCGCUGGCCUGAGGAAGGGAGACUUCCUUGUGGCAAUUAACGGCGAGGACGUAUCUGCGGCUUCCCACGAACAUGUGGUGGAGUUGAUCCGCAAUUCGGGCGCUCUCGUCUCCAUGACAGUUGUCUCGUUGAGCAGCUUCAAUGGUAACUACGAGAACAACACGUGUACGGUGCCCACGAGCAAGUCUCAGAAUCAGUUGUCCAGCACCGGCCGCCCCUACGCGGCUACUUUACCUAGAAAAGCUGCCGGCGGGCGGAGUCCUGCGCCGGCGCCGCCGCGGCGCGACCCGCGGACCACACUGAGCGUGGGCCGCGCGCGAGCCAAGUCUAUGGUGGCAGGGUUAGAAAAUGGAGGUGAGAAAGAAGAAAGUUGCGAACCCUUAAGUGUUGCCGGCAAGUCUUCCUCGGCGGAGUCCGUUCAGUUACACAACAGUAAUGUGAGCGUGAACGCGAGUGCGCCACGCACGGCGUCGAUCCGUCAGCGCGCGGCGUCGGGCCGCAUCACCGCCGCCGAGCUCGAGGAGCUGUUCCAGCGGCAGGCGGACGCCGCACCAGACAUCGGCGGUAACAACGCCAUGAUGACUCGUUCCGCGUUCCAAGGCGGGUCCAACUCGCCGCCGUACUCGCCCGCGCGCGUCAGCAACCGCGUGUACGCGUCCGUCGCUGAGAUGAAACGCUCCAGAGGGAAGACGUGGAGCAAGCCGUGCACGAGUAGUUUACGUCGCGACUUCCACUCGACGCCGGACCUGGCGGCCGCGCCCCUCCCACACCCGCAGCGCACCCGCUCCAGCGAGGACGUGCACGGUCCGGUGCGCGCGCCGCCCCCGCUGCACCCGCCGCCGCCGCCCCCCGGCGCCCCCGCGUCCACGUUCCGGCCCGCGGAGGGCGCCAAGCUGUACGCCGCGCCCCCGCCCCGCCCCGCCGCCCUCUACCGCACCCCCCGCCCCGACCCGCAGAUACGCAAGGCUUCAUCUCUACGAUCUUGGGCGGGUCCGGCGAGACCGCAAUCUGUUGACGAACCUUCCAACCAAUAUGCGCAACCCUUAAAUACGCACAAAGGAUUUAUCAGACAGAAUUCGACUCCAGCACCACCUAUUCCUGAGCCAGACUAUAGUAUGUCGGAGUCGGACGAGGAAGCCGACUCCAAGAAUAAACCAGAGCCACCUCCACCCGCGGAGACUAGCGCCAACAGUAACGCCAGGACUUCGAUUUAUGCAACAAUUUACGAAUACGCAACAAUAUAUGAGAACGAAAACGAAAUAAGUUGUAUCUGA